UUAAAAAAUAAGAAAAUCUGUGUAAACUGUGCGAAUUCCGGAUGUUAAAAGUUCUCAGUCUACGAUCUGCGCUCCAGAGAGCUGCCUCGACAAGACAACUAGUCUAUGAAGGAUAUAGAAACCCUCCCGAGGCAAUACAAUUGAAAACUGUCACAAUUGCGGACAAGCCGUCUGCGGAUCAGGUCCUGGUUCAAUGGAUAGCAGCUCCAAUCAACCCGGCAGACUUGAAUCAGAUUCAAGGUGUGUACCCUGUGAAGCCAGCUUUACCGGCGGUUGGUGGAAAUGAAGGAUUUGGGAAAGUGAUUAGUGUUGGAUCCAAUGUGAGCUCGAUUAAAGUUGGAGACCAUGUAAUUCCCGACAGAUCUGGCCUAGGAACAUGGAGAGAGCUCGGGCUCCACCAGGAAAAUGAUCUUUUUCCGAUUGAUAAUACUCUUUCCAUGGAGUAUGCUGCAACAUUCCAGGUGAAUCCUCCCACAGCUUAUCGUAUGCUUAAAGACUUUAUCGACCUGAAAAAAGGAGACACAGUGGCUCAAAACGGAGCCAAUUCGGCUGUCGGGAAGCACGUUAUUCAAAUUUGCCGGAUCCUUGGCAUCAAAACUGUGAAUGUUGUGAGAAGUCGCGAUAAUCUGGAAGAAUUGGUGAAAGAGCUGAAAGAUUUGGGCGCCGACGAAGUUAUCACACAGGAAGAGUUGUAUAGUCGAAAGAAGAAAUUCCCAGGAGUCAAGUUAGCAUUAAACUGCGUUGGAGGCAGAAGCUCCCUGUUUUUGGCGAGUCUCCUGGACCACGGAGGAUGUAUGGUGACCUACGGUGGAAUGAGCAAGCAGCCUGUCGAUUGUCCAACCGGGCCACUGAUCUUCAAGGAUAUCUCGCUUCGCGGAUUCUGGAUGUCAAGAUGGUACGAUAUUCAGAAAUCCCCGGAAAAGCGGCAUGAGAUGUACCAGGAGCUUGCCGGUUGGAUGAAGAGUGGAGAGAUCAAGAAGCAGGAGAUUGUGAAGAAUCGAUUGGAAGAUCAUGCAAAAGCUCUCGAUACUGCGCUGAGCAAAUUCGACAAGAAGCAAUUCUUCGUUUUGGAAUAACUCGCUCCGUAAUCGGGUAUCAUUGCUACAAUUUAAUGUGAUGUGAAGAUUGAUCAUGCUUUUUUUCCAAAUAAAAACAGUUUUUUGCCCG